CGGGCUGGGAAUGGGGGAGGCCUGGUGCGGCGUACGCUCGCCCGCUUUCCUUUCCCGCGUCCCUCGGGGAGCGCGGCCUCCCCGCCGCUCGCUGAGCCCCGGGGUGAACCGCUCGGCGGAAGGUGCCUUCCUUGCGGCGGGCUCUGGGCUUCCUUCGAGUGGGGAGGCCGAGCCCGGCCGGAGGUUGGCAGACCUCAGUUCUAGUCUCUCGCGGCUGGUUUGCUAAGGUUCUUGAUCUUCCACAAUGGGUGAGCCACAGCAAGUAAGCGCCCUCCCACCCCCUCCGAUGCAGUACAUCAAGGAGUAUACAGAUGAAAAUAUUCAGGAAGGCCUCGCUCCCAAGCCUCCACCUCCAAUAAAGGACAGUUAUAUGAUGUUUGGCAACCAGUUCCAGUGUGAUGAUCUUAUCAUCCGCCCUUUAGAAAGUCAGGGUAUCGAACGGCUUCAUCCUAUGCAGUUUGAUCACAAGAAAGAACUGAGAAAACUCAAUAUGUCUAUCCUUAUUAAUUUCUUAGACCUCUUAGAUAUCUUGAUAAGGAGCCCUGGGAGUAUAAAACGAGAAGAGAAGCUAGAAGAUCUUAAGCUGCUUUUUGUACAUGUGCAUCAUCUCAUAAAUGAAUACCGACCCCACCAAGCAAGAGAGACCUUGAGAGUCAUGAUGGAGGUGCAGAAACGUCAACGCCUUGAGACAGCUGAGAGAUUUCAGAAGCAUCUGGAACGAGUCAUUGAGAUGAUUCAGAAUUGCUUGGCUUCUUUGCCUGAUGAUUUGCCCCAUUCGGAAGCAGGGCUGAGAGUAAAAACUGAACCAAUGGAUGCUGAUGAUAGCAACAACUGUGCUGGACAGGAUGAACAGCAAAGAGAAAAUUCAGGUCAUAGGAGAGAUCAGAUUAUAGAGAAAGACGCUGCUUUGUGUGUCCUAAUUGACGAAAUGAAUGAAAGACCGUGAAGGAUAUUUCUUUUUCUUCUUUUUUUUUUCGUUUCAGUAAAUAGCAUAUAUAUUAGUGAAUUCACUGUUAGAGAGCCUCAAAAGAGAGAGCACUAGAAGUCUUGCAAGCAGCUUGACUCUCCAACUUUCUCAAUUGUUAGGCGUCACAGGCAGUUCAUGUCAUUUCACUUUAUGGCAAGCCUAGGUAAAUGAGUACGCCUACAUUAAGAGUAAUCACCUUAAUAAAAGCAGUGUUUGCCUCUAUUGUGUGGAACAUCCCUGUUUUCGGAGUUGGAGUAAACUUUGAAGAUAUCCUCA